CCGAAAAAGAAACUUAAAGUGAAAAAAAAGUAGGCAGACAUUAUCAAUCAUCACUUUUCAUCUUAACACCAACAUCCCAUUCAUAGAGACCCCAUAGACAGCACACAACUAUGACAUUACAAGAUCAUUUCAACGAUACAUCCUUAGCCAUUGAACUUGGAGACUUGGAUUAUAUAUUUCCAGGAACUUCGAAAGUCGCAUUACAUCAAUUCAAUCUUAAGAUAUCAUGGGGGACCACCAAUUUAAUCAUUGGACCAAAUGGAGCUGGUAAAUCGACUUUGUUAAGGAUAUUGGCUGGUAAGACUUUAAUUGGGAAAGGAUCAUUAAAGAUUGGUGGGUUUGAUCCUUUUGAAUUCUCUAUUAAUCGUAUGGAACAACAUAAUAGUGAUAUUAAUAAUUAUAUUACUUAUUUAGGUACCGAAUGGGCCGCCAAUUCAGUGGUUAAAAGAGAUAUACCGGUAAGUUUAUUAAUAUCAAGUAUUGGAGGAGAGACAUUUGUGGAAAGAAGAAAUGAAUUGAUUGAAAUCUUAGAUAUUGAUCCUCAAUGGUCGAUGUCAAAAAUCAGUGAUGGAGAAAGAAGAAGAGUUCAAAUUGCCAUGGGAUUAAUUAAACCUUGGAAAUUAUUAUUAUUAGAUGAAGUUACUAUAGAUUUAGAUGUGGUGGUUAGACUGAAAUUAUUAUCGUUUUUAAAAAGAGAAAGUAAAACUAGAAAUUGUUGUGUGAUUUAUGCAACUCAUAUCUUUGAUGGAUUAGGUAAGAAUUGGUGUGAUAGAUUAAUUCAUGUAAAUGCUGGAUUAAAAGUUGAUGAUAUUAAUAUGGAAGAUAUUGAAUUUAGUUCGAAUAUAGAUACAGUGGAAGUUGAUACCAGACCUGCUAAGAGAGUCAAAAUCCCAAUGGCGGAAUCAUUACAUCCAUUAGCUUUACAAUGGUUGAAUGAAGAUUUAGCCCAAAGAGGAAGUAGAGAAGAUGAACGAUUAUUAAUGGCGAGAAGACAUAAUGACUGGAAUAAUGCUAGAGAUGGGAAAUAUUUCGAUGCUGAUGAUGAUAAAUUAAAGGACUAUUUCAAAGCCACCAGAAGUUAUUAGACAAAAUUUAUAUGUAUUAUAUGUAUAUAUAUAAAUCUAUAAGAAAUG